CUUCUCAUAAAAAAAAUUUAAAUAGGAUUUAUAGAGUUAGUUCAUGAACUUAUUUUCAGUGCGGUAGUGCUAACCCUUUAAACAUUAUCUCGAUGUUCUGUUUUGAGGUGAAAGCAAGGAAGGAAUUCUUUCAACGAUGAAGGGAGCAGGCUGCAUCUUUCUGCUGUUGCUUGUUCAUGCGAUGACCAUGGGUAGGUAAUGGGACUAUCGACGCGACUAACACAUACACCUUGCCGUGAAUAUUGUGCUACUGCACCACCUUAGCCGAUCUGUGGGAUGUUCCGACUCACUCAAAGACGCUGUUAACAAAGUCCUGGGUCAGAUGGUCGUGGGUUCAAACCCCCAUUUGAAGCAUUCGGCGACAGAGAUUGUGACAUUAUUCUAAGAUGAUUUUUGGAAGAUUUAGCAACUCUAAAAUGGAAAUGUACUUUUGCUUAACUGCAUCCCUAACCCCGAAAUGUACACAACUCGCCAACGUAAAAAGCUGAAGUUUAAAUAUUUUAUUUUUCCAGAGGAGUUCAAUGUGAUUGUGCCGGACUCUCCGGUGGUGGCCAUGGUGGGUGAAGAUGUCCUAUUGGAAUGUCAGAAGGCACCGGAUACAUCACUGGCCGCUCUGGACGUCCGAUGGUUUACAACGAGCCCGGGGUCACUGGUACAUGUAUACACCAGCGGCGAGGACCGAGCUGAGUUGCAGGACGGGCCUUAUCGAGGGAGGACCGGACUCCUUCGGGAAGAGUUUCCCCGUGGAAACGCAUCGCUUAAACGGAAGAGGGUCAAAGUGUCAGAUGCUGGAAUGUGCACGUGUUCCAUCAGCACCCCCACGUCCCGUCAGCAGGAGGCGAUGCGGCUGCAGGUUGAAGGUGUGUCCCUCUGGGGGCAUAGAGUUCACACCAGGGUUUACACCGGGAAUGUCAGCAAGCGGCCGCACAGACUGGGAUUUUACUGGGAAGUUCAAGGGUUACUGGCAAUGCAGACCGCUGCCUCGGCAGGGGCGGAUCUAUUAGGGGACGCGGUUGAAGAAACAUGUAAAACGGAUCAUUGUUGGCUGAAGGGGAAGGUGACAACGAGGCGGUGGGGCGGUAACGCGGAGGUACCCGGUGACCCAACCAAUAAUGGUUGGAGUUUCCACCGCUGCUAUUUCUGUGACUCUUCAGGCCCCAGCAUCCUCCGCUACUCACUGGCCCGGCACAUGGAAAGCCCUUUCCUGGCGAGAUACAUGUGUAACAACGUGUUUACCGAUUACAUCCCGGUUGCAGGAUUUGGCCAUCUACCCUGGAUCCGUUUCGAGGAAAGCGCCACGCAAGGAAUGCGUGUGGUGUGUAAGUCGGAUGGAUGGUUUCCCAAGCCGGUGAUACGGUGGCUGGAUGGGAGUGGACAAGAUGUGACAGCGCGGUUCACUGAGGACUCCAGCGGGCUGAUCACUGUCCACAGUCACAUCGAUGUCACAAGUGAUUCUGCGAACAGGUAUUCCUGUUACAUACGGAGUAAAAGGCUGCGAAAAACACAAAAGGCCCAUCUCCAGAUAUCAGAUAUGUUCAUCAAUAAAGUUAACGAGUUCAACAUUUGGCUGCCGAUAUUCUGGGCGUUUGCCGGUUUUGUGUAAUAUAAUGAUCCACAGAUACGAAGACAAAAAGAUUCAAGGUGAGAAGGGGCGCAGGGGGGUGAGCGGGUAAUCUUAUAGAGAUGAAUACAUUCAUGAAAUAAAUAGAUAAGGUGUGAGGCUACAGUGAAUCACGAAUUAGAUGGCAUCAGCUUAAGCUGAGUGGGGAAAGAUUUAGUACAAACCUUAGGGGCAAUGUUUUCUCACCAGGGGUGAUGGGUGAAGCCGUCAAGGGAAGAUGCCCUGGUGUAUGGAAUAAUGGAAUAGAGCCAUUGGGAAGGAUGUGUUUCCAUGAACUGCCAGACCAAUAACUAGGGACAUUCGGUUGAAUGUUCUGGGCAGGAGGAUUAGAGGGGAGCUGGGGAAAUUACUUCAACACAAAGUGUGUUGAAAGUCUGCAGAUCCAUGGACAUGUUUGGCAAGUAGUUUAGAUAGUGCUCUCGUUUACUGUCAACAGUGUUUGAACACAGAGAGCACCGCCUGUACUGUGCUCUGUCUGUGCGCAGUGACUGACACGGUCCUGGGACUUGUUUUUAUUUUCAGAACUCCAGCUGUUUUGCAUUUUGGAAGGUAAGAUAUAUCGGAGAAUUCCGAUUCCAAUUUACAAUGACUGAUCGAGAAAUGUUCAAUGUUGUUUCACAGCCCUUCUCCCGUUUCAGUGGUCCACCUUCCACUAAUCCUAACAUCAUGUUCACCACACACAUUGUGGCCCAAAGAGCCCGUUCCUGCGCUGCAUCCUUCCAUCUUCCUCUUCUAAUCCACUCAGCACCGAGUCCCUCGUUCUUUCCAUCCUUCUCACCUUUCAGACCGCAGUUAAAUGGACUGUGUUUAUUCAUUUUAUAUCUUGGCAUCCCUUGGUGAACGAGAUAAAUAAACAUGUUCUCGUUAAUUUAUUUCUCUAACAGAAUUGGACAAAUAAUUAUUCUAUCCUGUGAAUGUCUGAAUACAAUUUGGAAGAAAGCAACAUGAAAAGCCAAAUAUGUUUCAGUGAAAUUUGCAAAUAUACACCCAGAUUCUGGUUUACUUGGGAGUAAUUCAUAGAAACAUAGAAACAUAGAAAAUAGGUGCAGGAGUAGGCCAUUCGGCCCUUCGAGCCUGCACCGCCAUUCAAUAUGAUCAUGGCUGCUCAUCCAACUCAGUAUCCUGUACCUGCCUUCUCUCCAUACCCCCUGAUCCCUUUAGCCACAAGGGCCACAUCUAACUCCCUCUUAAAUAUAGUCAAUGAACUGGCCUCAAAUACCUUCUGCGGGAGAUAAUUCCAGAGAUUCUCCACUCUCUGUGUGAAAAAUGUUUUCCUCAUCUCGGUCCUAAAAGAUUUCCCCCUUAUCCUUAAACUGUGACCCCUUGUUCAGGACUUCCCGAACAGCAGGAACAAUCUUCCUGCAUCUAGCCUGUCCAACCCCUUAAGAAUUUUGUAAGUUUCUAUAAGAUCCCCCCUCAAUCUUCUAAAUUCUAGAGAGUAUAAACCAAGUCUAUCCAGUCUUUCUUCAUAUGAAAGUCCUGACAUCCCAGGAAUCAGUCUGGUGAACCUUCUCUGUACUCCCUCUACGGCAAAAAUGUCUUUCCUCUGAUUAGGAGACCAAAACUGUGCGCAAUACUCCAAGUGUUGUCUCACCAAGACCCUGUAUAACUGCAGUAGAACCUCCCUGCUCCUAUACUCAAAUCCUUUUGCUAUGAAUGCUAACAUAUCAUUCGCCUUCUUCACUGCCUGCUGCACCUGCAUGCCUACUUUUAAUGACUGGUGUACCAUAACACCCAGGUCUCGUUGCGUCUCCCCCUUUCCUAAUCGGCCACCAUUCAGAUAAUCAUCUACUUUCCUGUUUUUGCCACCUCACAUUUAUCCACAUUACACUGCAUCUGCCAUGCAUUUGCGCACUCACCCAGCCUAUCCAAGUCACCUUGCAGCCUCCUAGCAUCCUCCUCACAGCUAACACUGCCCCCCAGCUUCGUGUCAUCCGCAAACUUGGAGAUGUUGCAUUCAAUUCCCUCGUCCAAAUCA